CUGGAAGCUGGCUGCACAAUGAAUCCUCUUCUGGCAAAAAAGAUCAUGAAAGGCGUUCUAAUCUUGGAAGUUUUGGGAUUUGGUGGAGCCUAUGUUCUAUAUCACGAAAUGGACACAAGUCAAGAUUUCAGGCAAAAAAUGAACAGGAGAUACCCAUCUAUCCUGGAAGUUUAUUAUAAAUGCAAUGAAUGGUCUGGUAUUUAUGGCCUAAGGGAAAGAGAUCAAGAGACAUGGCUGAGCAGUAAAGCCUAGCUGGGUCUGUGCCGGAACUUCUUUUUUUGCCGGAUGAUACUCUUUGCAUCUUUAUUGUGAAGCCACCUGUCACGCUCUACCUCCCACUUGAGCUGUUUGAAAUCUAGCGAAGAAAGACACAGAGCAAAUCAGAGAAGUUGGCAAAAUAGCAAAUGUCCUUUGAAAAACCUGACACUGAGCUUUUGCACAGAUUCAGAGACUGCUGCCUAAGCCAAGAGUGACAAAAGACAUCAAUAAAGCA